AUGACCAAGACCACAACGACUUCCAAGUUCUACGAUCUAUGUCCCCUGGACAAGAAAGGCCAGCCUUUUCCUUUCAAAAAGCUAGAAGGCAAAGUGGUGCUCAUCGUGAACGUUGCCUCCAAGUGCGGCUUCACGCCGCAGUACGAGGACCUCCAAGAGCUCUACAAACGCUAUCACGACAAAGGCCUGGAAAUCAUCGGGUUUCCUUGCAACCAGUUCGGCAAACAAGAGCCGGGAUCUGACGAAGAGAUUGGCCAAUUCUGUCAGGUUAACUACGGUGUGUCUUUCCCAAUCCUGAAAAAAGUCAACGUCAACGGCUCGGAUGCCGAUCCUGUCUUCGAGUAUCUCAAAAACGAAAAAUCCGGCAUGCUGGGCUUCAAGGGCAUCAAAUGGAACUUUGAGAAGUUUCUCAUCGACAAGGAUGGUGUCAUCCACGACCGCUACUCGUCGUUAACGAAGCCUGCGAACCUCGACCAUACCGUCGAGAAGCUGCUCAACAAAAAGUAA